UCUGACUGUCAGCGCGUCAAGGCAGGAUCUGAACAGUAAGCGACCACAACAAUCAUGGCGCCGAAAGCGGAGAUACAUGAAGAGCAGGUGCUACAAGCCGUGAUUCUGGCGCAAUGCGAGCAGGACUACGGCGACCCGGUGACCCAGGAUGUGCCCAAGGUGCUGGCCCCGUUGGCAAACACGCCCUUGUUGGAGUACUCGCUGGAGUGGCUGGAGCGGUGUGGGGUGGAGGAAGCCAUUGUGUACUGCCGCGCCGAUACACACCUGGAGACCAUCAGGGAACAUUGCAGAGCCUUCAUGACACGUCGGGGGGAUACAACGCCAGCUACAACUCACCCUGGGGGGCUGCGGGUGAACGUGGUGGCCUCGGAAGAUUGUCACUCACUGGGAGACGCCAUGAGGGAUCUUUACGCCAAGUCCCUCCUCAAGGGUGACUUCAUACUGCUGCAGGGUGACACUGUGACCACUCUAGACCUCCCUGCCCUGGUGACUGAGCAUCGAGAGAGCCGGGCAGCAGACAGGAAUGCCAUCAUGACCUGUGUGUACAUGGGUGAGGGAGGAAAGGUUGGUACCACUGCAGAGAAGACCACCACAGCCACCCUGCUCGUCUCCGCCUCCACUAACAAACUGCUACUCCACCGACGCAGGGGGGGCCGCUCCACCUCCUCCAGGCUGUCUGUGCCCACGGAGCUGCUACAGGGGGCGGGGGACAUCCUGGCGUACCCCGCGGCAUACGAUCCGAGCGUCACCAUCUGCUCGGAAGUGGUGCCGUCCUUGUUCUCCGAUAAUUUUGAUUACUCCACCCUGGACAGCCUCGUUCGCGGAGUAAUAGAGCAGGAGGAGCUUCUAGGAUAUACCAUCAAGUGCAGGGUGUUGGAGGGCGGCUAUGCUGGUCGUGCUGCCUCUAUCAACUCCCUUAUUGGUGUUAGUGGAGAGGUGGUGGGGCGCCAAGCGUACCCACUGGUGCCGGAGGUGAGCCAGACGAGCCACAGGGUGAGGUACCACCAUGACGCCUUCACCCACACCUACUGGGACCCGUCGGCAAAGUUUCCCAAAGGCAGCAUGGUGACAGGGGUGGUGGUGGGGGCAGGGACAGAGGUGAGCCCCACAGCACACCUACAGAACACCACCCUGGGGGACCACUGCACCCUGGGGGACGGUGUGGUGGUCAGGGAGUCUGUGGUGAUGACAGGGGUGUGUGUUAAGGCCGCGAGCAAGCUGGAGCAAUGCUGGGUGGGAGACAAUGUGGUGUUGGGGGAGGGGGUGGUGGUGGCCCCUGGGUGUGUCAUCGGGGCGGGGGGUCACCCUGGGGGAUCGCGUCGUUCUCGCCCCCGGCACCAGGCUCUCUGCGCGGCCCCCCCUUGGUGACUUGGGGGGGGAUGUGAUAGAACCAGAUCCAGCCGUGUGUGGAGUUGGCGGAGUGGCAUAUGUGGUGGACCAGGAGGAGGAGGAGGAAGAGGAAGAGGAGGACGAGGAGGAGGAGGAUGGCGGUGGAGGAGGAGGAGGAGGAGGAGAGAUGGAUGAG